CGACCAUGGUGCUGCCGCCCCCGGACCGGCGCCACGUGUGCCUGACCACGCUGGUGAUCAUGGGCAGCAUGGCGGUCAUGGACGCGUACCUGGUGGAGCAGAACCAGGGCCCGCGCAAGAUCGGCGUGUGCAUCAUCGUGUUGGUGGGCGACGUGUGCUUCCUGCUGGUGUUGCGCUACGUGGCCGUGUGGGUAGGCGCCGAGGUGCGCACGGCCAAGCGCGGCUACGCCAUGAUUCUCUGGUUCCUCUACAUCUUCGUGCUGGAGAUCAAGCUCUACUUCAUCUUCCAGAACUACAAGGCGGCGCGGCGCGGCGCGGCCGACCCGCUGGCGCGCAAGGCGCUGACGCUGCUGCUGUCGGUGUGCGUGCCCGGCCUCUUCCUGCUGCUCGUGGCGCUCGACCGCAUGGAGUACGUGCGCACCUUCCGGAAGCGCGAGGACCUGCGCGGCCGCCUCUUCUGGGUGGCGCUGGACCUGCUGGACCUGUUGGACAUGCAGGCCAACCUGUGGGAGCCGCCGCGCACCGCGCUGCCGCUCUGGGCCGAGGGCCUCACCUUCUUCUACUGCUACAUGCUGCUGCUGGUUCUGCCGUGCGUGGCGCUCAGUGAGGUCAGCAUGCAGGGCGAGCACAUCGCGCCGCAGAAGAUGAUGCUCUAUCCGGUGCUCAGCCUCGCCACCGUCAACGUGGUGGCUGUGCUGGCGCGCGCCGCCAACAUGGCUCUCUUCCGCGACAGCCGCGUCUCGGCCAUCUUCGUGGGCAAGAACGUGGUGGCGCUCGCCACCAAGGCCUGCACCUUUCUGGAGUACCGCCGUCAGGUUGCUGCCACCGUGAGCCGUGCUGCUGUGACUGCUCCUGUGUGUGCAUCUCUCAUAUGUGCCAAGGAGUUUCCCUGGGGUAUGUACUAAGGAAUAAAACUGCUGGGACACAGGUAAGGGGCUGUAAACCUUCUCCAGGUGAUGCCACAUGGUUUUCCGACAGGGCUGAGCCGAGUGAGCCCUGCAGCAUCUCCCACGCUUGGUGCUUUUGCAUCCAGCGUGGCUGUUCACGUUUUUACAUCAGCCUGAUCCCUGCUUCUUUGUCUGCGAUCUUUGCUUUUUCUCUGCAAGUUUGUAGAGUGGUCUUUGAUAGUCUUGAAUCCCCUGCGACGUGUCCAAGUGUGGAGUCCUGCAUCUCACCCUCAUCUUCCUAAGUCCUGGGAACCGAGGGGAGGUGUCAGGUUUGGGAAAGCCAUUGCCACUGACUCUGCUGGCUGAACCAUCUAUUGGUUUUGGGCGUAGAUGGUUUGUUGGAACCUCACAGGCAAUUGUGUCACUUUCCUGCACUUCUGUCACCUUUGCCGUGCACAUUUUCAUGCUAACUUGGUAACAGGUUUGGUUUUCCUGGUUCCUUUGUUACCGUGUUUCUCUUUAUCACUAGUCAUCCUUUUUGACUUAGUUCCAUUCUGCCUGAUAGAAUUGUGCCACCAGCUUUGCUUUGGUUUGUGUUUUUAUGGUGUAUGUUUUCCCACCCUUUAUUCUCAAACCCUCUGCUGUGGACUGAAUGUCUGUGCCCCACCCACCCACCGCAACCGCCCAAAUCCACUUGUUGAAGCCCUGCCCCAGUGGGAUUGUAUUUGGAGGUGGGGCCGUUGGGAGUUGAUUAAGGUUAGAAGAGGUCAUGAGGGUGGGGUCCUAUGAUGGGAUUAGUGCCCUGAUAAGAGGGAGGGACCAUGGCUCUCCCCACCACGUGAGGACACAGCGGCCGUCUGCAAGCCAGGAAGAGGGUCCUCGUCAGGACCUGGCCGCGCUGGCACCUUGAUCUGGGACUUGCAGCCUCCAGGACUGGGAGAUGUAAAUGUCUGCUGUGUGAAGCCCCCAGUCUGUGCUGCUUUGUCAUAGUGACCCCGAGCUGACUAAGACACUCGGCACAGUUUUGUUUCAAAAGUGGACUUUGUUGUUUACGUGCUAUGUGGAAAUCUCUGCUUGAAAAGAUGAGCUUAAUCCAUAUCCAUUUACUGUGAAUUCUGUUCUAUUUGGACCUCUUUCUACCAUCUCAUUUUAUGUGUUUGUCAUCUUUUUUUUUUUUUUAAACCCUCUCUCCUCUCCAUCCCUGGUCUUUUAGAUCAGUCACAUUUUCCACCAUACUUUUUAUCCUCUGCAGGUUUGGCAAGUAGAAUUAAAAAAAAUUCUUUUGUAAUUCACCAUUGAAUGUUUUUUAGGGGUAAUACAUUUUAUUCACUGACUUUAAAAUUGUGGUAAAAUAUACAUAACAUAAAAUUGACCAUUGUUAACCUUUUUUAGGUGAACAACUUGGUGGCAUUAAGUACACUCGUAUGGUUGUGAGACCAUCAACACCUUCCAUCCCCAGAACUGUUCUCAUCUUGUAAAACUGAAACUCUGUCCCCAUUAAACAGUCCCUCCCACCCCCUCCCCCAGCCCCGGGCUCCCACCAUCCUUUCUGUUUCUGUGAAUUUGACCCUUCUAGGGAACUCGUAUGAGUGGAAUCACACGGGAUUUGUCCUUUUGUGACUGGUUUGUUUCAUUCAAUGCCCUCCAGGUUCAUCCACGUUGAGGCCUGUGUCAGGAUUUCCAUCCUUUUUAAGGCUGAGUAAUAUUCCAUCUUAUUAAUGGACAUUGCACUAUAGAACGUUCUGUGCACUUAACUUGAAAUUUUUCUUUCUUUUUUUAAAAAUAUGUUACUGGAGUAUAGUUGAUUUACAAUGUUGUGUUAGUUUCAGGUGUACAGCAAGGUGAUUCAUAUAUAU